AUGUCGCCGGGAGUAUCUUCAGGGAGAUCAGCUCAAUCUCGCCAGAGCCUCCCGCAAAAAUACCAUUUGACAAUUCCGCUUCUUCUUUUCCAUGAUGCAGAUACCCUGCUUUAUAUCGACCCCGCACCCCAAGACGGGCUCAAUAAUCCAACUACAACACCGACCAUUCCCCUUCGCGUACACAGCGAGAAGCUGUUGACAACGGGCUCUGCACAGUUUGUUAAGCUUUUCAUACCCCGAUACCAAAAACGUGUUCGAAAGCAGCGGGGUUUCGCUGAGAAGUUACCUGAUGGUAUCAAGUAUGUGUUGGAUUUGACACCAGCAACUCACGAGGAAGAUGCUGUCAUAGCUUUGACGGAGGUAUCAUGUCCAAUGGCCAUUCGAAAAUGGGCCUCACUGCAGGACCGAUGGAACCUUCCAAAGGCUUGUGUUGGAGGUGAGGAUGAAUAUCAAAUAUUGGAGCACCCAGAUCCAACGAGCGUCUUCGAUCCACUAGUGGUCAAUGAUCUGGAAGAAUCGGGAGAAAGAACGCACGAUGCAGAAGAGCAUGGGAUGACUUCGGAUAAGCCCUCACAAGAAUAUGCAGAGCCAGCGCUUAACAUGGUUUUUCGGAAAGGGCUACCUGUGGAGUAUUCCGCUGCCCGCCACCGCGAGGGGAUCGAAUAUGUCCUGCACGUCCUGGAAGGACUGAGCAUAACCCUCGAUACACCUUGCAAGCUAUGGACAUUUUUCGCUGUUGCCAAGCUUUUUGAUGUCGCUACGCUCCCAAAUAUCAACACUUACAUCAUCUCUUGGUUUUACGACCAAACCAACACGCGAUUCAUUGAAAUCCACCCAGAGAUCGCCUAUCGUGUCGGUUGUGGCAUCAAAUCUAGUGAACUUUGUUGGCAUGCAUUUCAGGGCCUGGUCAGUGACGAAGCACUUCUCUACCUCAUACGGACCGCGAAACUGACGCCACUGAAAAUGUGGCGGUCGGCAUACACAACAUCUCGGCUUAAUGAGAAUCUCGAUGACACCGAGAUUCAACGAAUCGAGUACGCUAGUAAGAGCUUCAUGGAUACUGUUUUAAGACACUUCAUUCACUUGGCCGGAACGCAAAUGUCUUGGCUUAAAGAUAUCCCGGAAUUUGCAAAGUUCAUCCGACACGUCCAUUUUUAUCCCGAAGACGCUGAAAAAGUUCGACCGAUCAUUGAAACCGUGAAGGAAUGCGCUAGAGCUUCAAUUUACCGGAAGCUAGCAUUCGCCGGGGACCCCCAACGCUCUUGCAAUGCAAUGCAACCAAGAAAAGAACAAACAAAGUCAUUUGCUCGCACAUUCGAGUCACGAGAUGCUCUGGUUAGAUUAAUGAGCAGAAAGUUUUGGACUGACCUGUCAAGUGUCAGAAUUGGUCAUACUUACGACUCCUUGACUUCGCCCCGUUAUUCUCACUUCGGUAUUCACGACUCGAUCGGCGAGAUUGGAUGUGGUCUUCUUGCAUUUCAAGACCAGGAGGAUGCAAAAAUAAGGAACAUCCAGAAAGAAACUUUGGAUGAGCGACUGGCGGAAUUCAAUGAACUGGCCGAGCGUCGGGCAAAGGAGUUACAUGAAACCCUGGCGAGUCAGUUAAAAGCACAGACUGCAAGUGAAAAUAACCAGUGGAAUCUUACGAUCAAUCUACGUCCCAAGACUCCAUCAGCAAGCGAGCCAGUCGUCUCAUCUUCAAACGAAGUUUCUUCUACUACUACGGAGAUGAACCAAUCCCUUCCAAUGAGAACAGAAUUAGCUGAAUCUCCAGCGGAACAGGCGAGGCAUUUCAUUUCACAGCAACCAUGUCAGCGACCAGCAUUCAGUCUCAAUGACUCGCAGGUGCACAAGACCGCUUUGGAUAUCUCACAGAAUCCUAGAUUUACUCUCAAUAUCUCGAAAAUGGACUUGAGUGAUCCUGUCUCUCCCUCGAACAAUCAUCCCGAGCCCUCCCAUCGGAAAGUGUGCUUUGACUUGGAUCUGUUCAUUGUAUCAGCUUCCGCAUAUGUCUCCCAGUAUUCUCACACGAUAUUGCAUCCAUUUGGCCAAGUUCCUUUCCAAUACGCGAUUGGAGAUCUCUUGACUUGUCUGAGUGAUAAGGAAUAUCAAUACUUGCCUCUCUGGGCCGGCGGUGAUGACGACGAAACGGGCGGCGUAUUUUCAGACCACGAAAUCCCAAUGAUGGUCACUGGCGGCUUUUCCGCCCCGGGCCCUCAGGUUCAUACAGGGAGUGUUGCAUCCACUGAUGACUCCUUCAGCGAGAUCAACCCUAGUGAUUCUCAAAGUACUAUCCAAGGCGCCUCCCACCGCGCAACCAACUCUCAGACUUCAGAGAUUUUGUCAGUGGACUCUUACGAUGAGAUUGAAAUUCCAGGAUUGAUUGAGAACGAAGUGCAUAUGGUAGAUACGAUGCGAGCUAACUGUGUCUCAUCCGUGAAUUCCGACGAGGGAGAUUCUGAUACAAAGAGCGUUGGAGGCAGCACCAUUAUCAUGGGCUCGCCUAAUUUGUCUGGCUUUUCAGAUGAUGAUAUGGAUAUGGUGGGAAAUGAGGACGAUGAGUUCGACAUGGUGGAGGAUCUUAAGUGA